GAUUUCGUGGCUAUUUGAGCGACGUUCAAAGAUGCUUCUCGUGUUAUGCGCGCUGUCGGUGGUGGUCGUGGCAGAGGAGACGCACUGUGAUGGCACGCCCGACCGAUUGUGUGACGUGAAACCUGAGGCAGUCUACUACAAGGAGCCACCGAUCACAGAUUCAGAGGUGUCGUACAAUCAGUUGAAGACUAUGUUUCCCAGCAGCAGUAUUCAACUGUUUGACGUCCGCAAUCCAGAUGAGUUUGAGGCUGGACAUAUUCCUGGCUCCACCAAUGUCCCACUUGGGGAACUCCAGGAGGCUCUGAGACUGAGCUCAGACCAGUUCAAACAGAGGUUUGGAGUACGUGCCCCUCAUAAGGAGGAUAGCAGCAUUGUGGUCUACUGCCAGAGAGGUAGACGGAGUGCUACUGCACUUGACAUAAUGUGGGCUCUGGGAUUCAGCAGAGCUCGUCACUAUGCUGGAGGAUACAGUGACUGGGUCCAGCGUGAAGAGCAGUGAGGUGUUUAAAUUGCUGCAGGGCCAUUCUGUGUGUUUGAAUUCUGCUUAUUG